AUGCCGGAACAGCGCGUACUGAGAACGAAGCUGAAGCGCAAAUCUCUGUCAGCGCUGACACUGGGGGGUAAGGAGAAUCAGUUGACCUCGACGCCACUGCCGCUUGCCACUUGCCGCACGCCACGUCUGAAGGAUCUGAGCAACAUCAUGAGGACGCCCGCCACCGCCACCGCCUCCGCCUCCGCCAUCACCACGCCCAAGACACUGCCAUCGCCCUGGAAAACGCCACCCUCAACUUUACGCGCCAAGCCACCCGUCUACGCCUCCACACUGCCCACCUUUGAGGCGGAGUACUCGCCGAGUGCGGCCGUCAUACCCGGACCUCUGCUCGCUCUACGAGGCAUGGGCAUCCCCGAUAGCUACUUCGAGAAGCCGCGCUAUCUGGAGCAGAAGCCUCUACCGCUUCCCGCCUCAACUGCCGCCCAGCAGGCGGAGCAGCCCACACUCAGCUCCACACAAAUGGGCGAUGUAACUCUGGAGCGGAUGAUCGAUGCGAUACUCGAGAGCACCCACAAGGCAGUUCCCCCAAAUCCUCGCCCUCGUCCGCGUCAACGUUUGCGCCAGCGACAGCGCCAGCGUCUGGCAGCCACCAUCGCCGUACACUCGCCCACCUAUCGACCCGCCUACGAUCCAGCCAGCGACUUGUGCGAGUAUUGGCAGCCUGGCCCUGACGCCGAUGGCGAGAACUACGAGGAGCGCGAGGUGCGUUCCCCGCUCCCUGCACCCCACACUCAGUGCAAGCGACGCUCGCAGUCGUUGCAUCUGCGGCGACAGCGGGUGAUGCGGCGCAAGCGUAAGAUCGCCACGAAAAUCUCGUCCAGCGUGCGGCAGUCGGCUCAGAAGCUGCUAGCAGCGGCUCAAUCUGCUCAGAAAGCUCCGCGAUCCGCCCAACGCCACAUCAGUCCGGACAGCGGUCACAAUUCGACGAGUGAUUGCGAGCUGAACGACGAUGUGGCUGGGGAGAAGCUGGAAAACAUUUGGUUACAGUCCCAGGAAUUGGUGGACGCAACGAAGCGGCGGCUCAGCUUUUCGCUGGUCGACGACAGCUGA